GGGUGGGAUAGAGAGACAUUUGGAGAAGGGAAAGUAAGGAGGAGGAGACAGAUCCGGAGAAAAAGUUUGAAAGAGAAGGAGAGACGUUCCAGUGGUCGGCUUGGUAGAAAGGGAAUAAGCGGAGGUUGAAACAGGAGACAGAAAACGGCACAAAGUCGGUGUGUGGGGAUUUUUACUUCUUCCGAGGAGCUGUUGGGCACGCGCCUGCUCCUGUGUGCGUUGUCGGGCGGAUUAGAUGAGGAUCACUUCACGAUGAGGAGCGACCCUGUUCUGUUCACGACCAGUAGGGCAGCAAUGGAGGAGCUGGUGUGUGAGCUUCGUCUGUUCCUGGACCUGCUGGACAGGGAGUAUCUGAGUGCCGGGGUCCGAGAGAAGAAGAUGCACCUAUCCAACAUCCUCCACAGAGUCCUCUCCGACAAAGAACCUUCAUUCAAGUCAGAGAUCCACAGUGGUCUACCGGCCCCACCUCAGAUGCCCCUCCCUGAGAUCCCUCACCCCUGGCUGCAGCCUGCAAACAACGGCCCUCCUCCACUGCCCAGCUCCUCUCUACCAGAAGGCUACUAUGAGGAGGCGGUUCCUUUAAGCCCUGGAAAGGCUCCUGAAUACAUCACCUCCAACUAUGACUCAGAUGCCAUGAGCAGCUCCUAUGAGUCGUACGACGAGGAAGAGGAGGAUGGGAAGGGCCAGAAGAUGCAUCACCAGUGGCCGUCUGAAGAGGCGUCCAUGGAUCUGGUGAAGGACGCCCGGAUCUGUGCAUUCCUGCUGCGCAAGAAACGCUUCGGCCAGUGGACCAAACUCCUCUGUGUCAUAAAAGAUAACAAACUGCUGUGUUACAAGUCUUCCAAAGACCACACCCCCCAAAUGGAGCUCACCCUGUCUGGCUGCAGCAUCACACACAUCCCCAAAGAUGGAAAGAAGAAGAAGCACGAACUGAAGAUCGUCCACCAGGGGGCAGACGCCCUGGUGUUGGCUGUGCAGAGCAAAGAACAGGCUGAGGAAUGGCUUAAGGUGAUGAGAGAGGUGUGUGUUAAUGGGAGCGUAGACUUGGAUGGAGCUGGAGCUGGAGCUGGAUCUGGAUCGCCUGUGCACAAACCUGAACUGGAAAAGAAGGCAUCAUGUGACAGGCCGAGCUCCGAUGGAGAGGCGGCGCAUGAGAAUGGACACAGUGACUGCAAAGAGCAAGGAAAAGGAAAGAAGAACUCAAAGUCAGAGCACAAGACAGGGACAGUGGGGAAAGGUGCAGGGAAGAAGAUCACUAAGAUCAUCGGGCUGGGUAAGAAGAAGCCGUCCACAGAUGAGCAGACCUCGUCGGCAGAAGAAGACGUACCCACAUGUGGUUACCUGAACGUGUUGUCCAAUAACCGCUGGCGGGAGCGCUGGUGCCGCCUGAAAGACAACCAGCUGCUCCUCCAUAAAGACCGAGACGACCUGAAGAGCCACAUUGCCUCUCUGCCUCUCCGAGGCUGCGAGGUCAGCCCCGGCCUCGACCACAAACACCCCUUUGCCUUCCGCCUGCUUCGUAACAGCCAAGAGGUGGCUGUACUGGAGGCCUCCUCCUCAGAGGAGAUGGGUCGCUGGUUGGGGGUUUUGUUGGCAGAGACUGGCUCCACCACGGACCCAGCCACCCUGCACUAUGACUACAUCGACGUCGAGACCACCGCCAACGUCAUCCAGUUGGCCAAGCAGUCCUUCUGUUUCACCAGUAAGCGUGCUGUCUCCCCUAACCCGUACCUGGACAACCCAGUCAAUGGCUAUGCCUGCCCCACUGGAAUGGCUCUGCACUAUGAUGAUGUGCCCAUUAAUGGAACGGAACUGCUGGUGCUGUACUCCAGUCCCAGCCCAGCAGGCUGCAAAAAGAAAGAGGAGGGGCACUAUGAGAACACUGAACUCUAUGAGAACAUGCCCUCACCCAAGCUGGCCACUCGCUAUCCUCCUAAGUCUUCUUCUACUUCCUCUUCCUCCACCUCUACCAGCCACUACAAAACCCCUGUUUCAAAAAAAAUCUCCUCUAAGUUCCUCUCUACUGAUACUAAAACUAAAGACACUGCUCAGCUGAAGGGAAAGAAGGGCACAGUCACCAAUGGGAUGACAUCAAAACAGAAGGCAGAGCCAAAGAACCAGUCCAAGAAGAAUGGAGUUCAUGGGACAGCCUCUCUGAAACGCAACAACUCCAAUGCAGAGCAGUGCAAGUACGGGAAGAACCGUGUGGAGGCAGACGCCAAACGGCUGCAGACCAAGGAGGAAGAGUUGAUGAAGAAGAAGCAGGAGAUCAGGAACCAUCUGACCCAGCUGAAAAAUCAGAGGAGAGACAUGCGCACUGCUGUGGAGGCUGCUGCUGGCAAACGUUCUCAUGGCUCCCUGUCGGAGCGGCUUAAGAAGGUGGAGGAGGACUGCCGGCAGAAGGAGGAAGAGAGGGUGAACCUGGAGCUGGAGCUGACAGAGGUGAAGGAGAGCCUGAAGAAGGCCCUGAGCGGAGGGGUCACUCUGGGCCUUACCAUUGAACCAAAAGCUGGCUCCUCUGGCCUCCAGUCACCCUCAAUGUUGAGACGGACACAGGAGUCUUCUCCUUUCUCCAGCUGCGACACCAGUGACACAGAGUCCUGCUCCCUGCCAGUCAACAGCGCUUCGCUGCUGCGCCGACAGCAGGGCGGUCAGAAGGCCUCACCGGUUCGUGGACACGUCCUCAGGAAGGCCAAGGAAUGGGAGCAGAAGAACGGCACAUAAACCACUCAACCCCUCACAUCAGUCUCACUUUAAGUCCUUUUCUUCUUUUUAAGAUAUUGUCUAUAUAUUUAUUUAUAGCUGUUCAUACAGACCGAUAGCAUGGAGGAGGACACAGUCAUAGCAUUCACAUGGACCAAAACAAGUGGCUGGUUUUAGUAUACUGUAAGUACCACAGCAUACAGACAUAGCAACCUUUUUAAACGUUUGAACUAGUGAGCAGGCUUAGUGUACUGAGGUGUGCAGCUUGUGUUGUCCACUGUACCUUCUUUUUUAAGCAAAGACCAGUCUUUUUUUUCCACUCAAAUUCUUACAGCAGUUUGGGUUCAAAAAGAUCAAAGUCAAAACCAAGUAUUUAUUUGUAAAUGUUUAAAGGAAAUACUAGCUUCCCUUUGUUUAUUUAUGUUGAUUUAUUUAAAGGGUUUUUUGUAGAAUUUGGUUAAUUAAUGAUUAUCAUUCAUGGGUGUCAGCAUCGGCACACAAAGUGCACCUUUAAGGGUCACAAUAAUCAUAACACACACCAGCUGUGAAACAAUGCAGCUCCUUUCUAAGAGUUAUUUCAAGAAGCAGUUACUUGACUUAUUGUAUCAUCCGAUAAGCUGAAAACCACUGAAACAAUGGGAGGUUGACUUGCAUGGAUGUGACACAUGUUCAAAUGAAUACAAGGCUGAGCCUGUACCAGAGAAGAGGCGCAUGAAGUGCAUAAGAACUGCACAUGUUGAUCUGACUUGUUAUUGUUGGGUCAGCGCAAAGACAUUUUUACGCACAAAAAGUAAUAUAUCACUAGGAAUUUUUUCCAACCAAUCCAUGGUCAGACUAAUUCACAAUUGCAUUUUUACGUCCCUAUCCCAAGUGCAUUUUGAUGGUAUAUGUGGGUAAUGGUGAAUCCCCUGUUUAUUAAGUUUAUUUCCUGAGAGAAAGAGACAUCCAGCAUACUUUCCUUUCCUGGACGUCUAUAUAACUCAAAAAUGGACAAAAGUCAAGCAUCUGUGAGUUCCUCUGUAUAUGAAUCAGCCCGAACCCUAAGUCUCUUAAUAUGUCCGUGGCUUUUCUGCCCUCGAACCCAUAUACAUGUACGUUCCUGUACUCGUGUAGUAGUAGUUUACUGUACUACUACCAGAUCAUGAACUCAAAGAAAUAACCCAAAACCUCUGACCUCUGGUUCCAUCUGGCUGUGCAGAGCUGUGGUUUUAUCUGAUUUAUGACAUGUUUGAGGAUUACUUGAACAUCAAUGUGUCUUUCCAUAAACAGUGACAUUAACAGUGACAGGAACUACUGUAUUCAUUCAGUAGGAAAUAUUCCUAAAUGAACCCAUUAGUAAAAUAACUGGCUGGAUGCCACUAGGGGUAAUUAAGAAAAGGUUUUUUAUGUGAACUGUCCCCUUAACUUUUACGUCUAUAUUGACUGAAGCGUAGAGUAUAAUAUUGACUUGUGUUAGAAUAAUUUAUUCCCAAUAAAUAAACAAAUAUUCUGGAUAUGCCCUGUUCCCAAAAAUAAGACACACACAAGCAGGAUAGAGGGGCGACUGCAGCAGGGUCUUAAAAUCAGCCUUGAAGAGCGUCUCCUGACGUCUUUACAGCAGAAACCAGCCGGGGAGAACUGUCAAACAGCCAGGAGUUACAGCUGUCACACGUGAUGAGCUCAAAAGGACAGACUGAAAAAGAUAUUGACUGAUAGACAAGCUACAUUAAUGUGUUUCACUAGCCCCUUGUGAAGUAAUAUAUAAGAAAUAAUGAUAAUAAACUGACAGGAAAACAAUAGGGUUUUGACCCUUCUGGCCUUGAAUCCUAAUCAAUAAUCAAUCACUCACUUCACCUCCUCUAACUUGGGUUACCAUUUGUUGCCACCUGUAUGCAAAGUCACCCAGUGCAGCUUUAACCACACUGUUUCAGAGCAGUCUUGCUAACGGAGUAACCGUGCUUCUUGAAAUAAAAGUAUGACGGAUGGCUGUGAACUCUGUAGUCUGUAGCAGGACUCCAACGGGGUGUGUGUUAGCUCUUUGAAAUUCAGGAAGGUCAGGCUCACCCUUAGAUUUGGCUCCCGUAAUCACACCACUACUGUAGCCCUGUGUCUGACUGUGUGUGUGAUGGAAGUGUGAGUGUCUACGUGUACUUGUACUAUCUUUGUGAGGAGCAGUUUGAGUUGUAGACCUUGGGAGUGAGGACAUUUUAGCUGGUCCUAACAACUUUGAGUCAGGUCACUUCAUUCUGAUGGUUCAGGUUAAGGAAUCAAUUAUUUAUUAUUAUUCAUCCUUCCUCACAGAGAUAGAAGUACAAGCGUGUGUGUUUGUGUGUGUGUGUGUGUGUGUGUGUGUGUGUGUGUGUGUGUGCUUAACUGUCUCCAAGGCACAUUCCAAACCCAUCACCAAUACACUGACUGAAAUAGGGACACUUGCUGUAAACUCUUACUUACUUGCUUUCAGUCUGCCACACACAUACACACACACACACACACACACACACACACACACACACAUCACUUGCCAAAGUGCUUUUGUGAUCAAGGCUUGCGUUCCACUGCCUACGCUCUGCCGCCAUGUGGAUACUGUUGAUUGACAGACGUAGCGUUAGUUUGCACUAUUGCUAGAGUUUGGAAAUCAAUGCUACAAACAGCACGUGGCCCCAACUGCUCCUAAACCCUGUAAAUAGUUUCUGUCCCCUCCCUGCUUUCAGAUUAAUACCCCACUGAUCUGCAGACUGCAUGUUAGCAUGAAGGCAGGCGCGUAGGGGAGUUAUAUCUACAAAUAUUUAGUUCAUUAUGAUUCCCUGUCAGCUCAGCAAGGCAUGUAACUGAGCAGGAUGUCUGAUGUCAGUAAAUGUGAAGCUGCUGUACAUAUAGUAGCUUGGCUUUGUGGGAGGGGGGGUGGGGGUGGGAGGGGGUGUAGGGGAUGAGUACAGACUCAUGCAUCAGUGUUUGUUUUUGCACCUUAUACAUUUUUUACUCUUUUGUAUAUCUUAGACAGUCUCCGCCUCGGUGACAACCUUGUACAUAAAUGAAUAAACUCACUUGAAAAACAG